AUGACAAGGUAUGAGCCUCAGGGGACCGAUCCGACCAACGGGGCUGAUCCAGCGCCUAGCUUCAAUGAUGGCUCACUAGAUCAUAUUCAAUUCCCGCCCCUUUGGCUGGGUCCCGUAGCUCAUCUUCCUCAUGAACCAUACCAGCAAGUAUAUGAUACACUUCCCACAGUUGACAAGGUACUUUGUGAUAAUUCAGCUGGGACGAUGUGGGAAAAUUCUACUGCCUGGAACAAUCCAAUUGCAAGUGAUAAUGCCACUGCACUGGAUGAAACCCAGCCUCACUCUUCGACUGCUAUCGUCGACUCGCAUCGACCCAAAAUUCCCUCGAGCAGAGAUACCAGCCCUUUCUUGCAAAGUCCUUCUGCUCAGCCACAAAGCUUCGCUAAGAUGACUAGCGUCACGGGUAGACCCAAACCUGCCAGUAAGAAUACCACCAACAACACUCGUAAGUCCACUUAUUCUGCUGAGGAGCGAAAGCAAAGAAACAAAGAAGCCCAAAAGCGAUUACGAGACCGGAGGAACGAUUAUAUCAAAGGGCUGGAGAGCGGGAUCGCAGUUCACGAGAAGUUGAUCACCCAAGCUCGAGCUUCAUCCCAGCUGGCCACCUACGCGAGGAAUGCUGAACAAGGGAAAUAUUAUCAGCUUCAGGCUCUGUGCAUAGACAACUUUGGAUCUGAACAUGAGUUUACGGAUGAGGAGAGACAAUGGAUCGAGAGUGAAGCGAGAAAUGGCUACUAUCCUUCCUAG